UAAUGCUGAAUUUACAUGUGUAGGAUUAUAAAUAACGCAUUAUUUAUAAAUAAAAUAACUUUUAUAAUAUAAUACUAACGACUUUGUUUCUUAUUGUCAUUUAAUGCUGACAAAUUAAGAAAACUUAACUGACACAGUUUACUACAUUGAUACUGUUACUCAAUCAAAACAUUUUAACACUUACCGCUUCAUUUAUUUACAUUGUGAACGAUUGCUUGAAAGAUAAUUUUAUAGCGAUUGAUAAUAUUAACAAUUAAAUUUCAGUUUUUAUUUUCACCCCGUAGUUUUUCAAAUUUGUAAGAAUUUCUUCCUUUAUCCCAAAAAACAUGUCGAUGCCACAUAGCAGCUCUAGUACUACGAGCUCGAGCACUAAACGCAAAGAAAUAUACAAAUACCAGGCACCAUGGCCGUUGUACUCCAUGAAUUGGUCGGUCCGCCCAGAUAAGAGGUUCCGCCUCGCACUUGGCAGUUUUGUAGAAGAAUACAACAAUAAGGUACAAAUAAUAUCUCUAGAUGAAGAGACAAGUGAGUUUAGUGCUAAAAGCACAUUUGACCAUCCUUACCCGACCACGAAAAUAAUGUGGAUUCCAGACAGUAAAGGUGUCUAUCCAGAUCUGCUGGCAACUAGUGGUGACUAUCUGCGCAUAUGGCGAGCAGGCGAACCGUACACCCUUUUUGAAUGUGUACUGAACAAUAACAAAAACUCUGACUUCUGCGCUCCACUCACAUCCUUCGAUUGGAAUGAAGUCGAUCCAAACUUGAUUGGUACGAGCAGUAUUGACACCACUUGCACUAUAUGGGGUCUAGAGACAGGACAGGUAUUGGGAAGGGUGAAUGAAGUUUCUGGACAUGUGAAGACACAGCUUAUUGCUCAUGAUAAGGAGGUGUACGACAUAGCCUUCAGUCGCGCGGGAGGCGGACGAGACAUGUUCGCGUCGGUGGGAGCAGACGGCUCCGUGCGCAUGUUCGACCUGCGACACCUGGAGCAUUCCACUAUCAUAUAUGAGGACCCCGCGCACACGCCGCUGCUGCGGCUGGCGUGGAACAAGCAGGACCCCAACUACCUGGCCACCAUCGCCAUGGACGCGUGCGAGGUCAUCAUCCUGGACGUGCGCGUGCCCUGCACGCCCGUCGCGCGCCUCAACAACCACCGCGCCUGCGUCAACGGCAUCGCCUGGGCGCCGCACAGCUCGUGCCACAUCUGCACGGCCGGUGACGACCACCAGGCGCUCAUCUGGGACAUCCAGCAGAUGCCCCGCGCCAUCGAGGACCCCAUCCUGGCGUACACGGCGGCCGAGGGGGAGGUCAACCAGAUCCAGUGGGGGGCCACGCAGCCCGACUGGAUCGCUAUCUGCUACAACCGGCACACCGAGAUACUGCGCGUCUAACUGCGUACCUGUACCGCCCCACUGUACUCGAGCCUGUUUUUACCCACCCACGGUCUUUUUUUUAUUUCGGUUCACUGCUGGUAUUUUACCUAAGCAUGACAAUUCUGUCCACUGAUGCGACGUUAAGUUUUCCUAAACAUCCUCUAGAAUUUAUUUAUUUAUUUUGUUUGUUCUUUUCGUUAUUAGUCUCACACUUGCUUUUCUCUAGGGUAACUGGGUUUAUUAUAGUAUAGUUUUAAAAAGGCAGACGACAGGAGCACAAUUUAAAAAAAAUACUUUAAAGGCCACAAUAAUUAAGGUAAGUUAUAUAAAAAUCGCUUAAAGUCAAUAGAAUCUCGAACACAAUGGGAAG